AUGCGUGUUCAAGUUCUUCCAGUUAUCGCCCUCCUUUCCAUUGGUGUUUCGGCACAAGAUCUCGGUAGCCUCGUCAACUCAAUAACCUCAGAUGUCGGCGGAGCAGUAAGCACAGCUACAUCUGCCAUUGGUGGUGCCGCUGAUACUGUCACUUCUGGAGCCGCAGGAGUCUUUUCGACCGUCACCUCAGGAGCUGCUGGCGCAUUCUCAACUGUGACUUCAGGGGCUGGUGGUGUCGUUUCAACUGUUACAUCAGGAGCUGCUGGCGCAUUCUCAACUGUAACCUCAGGUGCCGGCGGAGUUGUUUCUACUGUUACAUCAGGAGCUGCUGGCGCAUUCAGCACCGCAACUUCCGGAGCCGCUGGAGCCUUCUCUACAGCAACCUCUGACGCCGUUGGCGCAUUUUCCACGGCUACCUCUGCUGCCGCCUCCCGAUACUCGAGCAUCAAGAGUGAAGCUAGCAGCGAAAUUUCCAGCUUGAGCUCCGUCGCCCAGACCGCCACCGACAGUGCCGUUAAGAGUUCGAUCAGCGCAGCAAUGAGCAGUAUCAGCAGCGACGUUGCUAGUGCCAGUUCCGAAGUAAAGAGUGCCACUAGCAGAGCUAGUGGUGCAGUUAGUUCCGCCACUAACAGUGCCGCAAGCGCUACUUCUAGCUCAGGAGCUAUGAGAACCCAAGUGCCAAUGGCUGGAGGAGCUAUUUUGGGUGCGGCUUUAUACUUGUUGUAG